UAUUAACUUAAAUUAUUGAAAAACAAUUGUUAAAUUUCCAAAUUGAAACAAAAUGGCGCGUCGUUAUGAUUCCCGCACCACAAUAUUUUCACCGGAGGGUCGCUUAUACCAGGUGGAGUACGCCAUGGAGGCCAUCUCGCACGCCGGCACCUGUCUGGGCAUUUUAGCCGAGGAUGGCAUUGUGCUGGCCGCCGAAUGCCGCAGCACCAACAAGUUGCUAGACAAUGCCAUUCCAUCUGAAAAGAUUUACAAACUUAAUGAUAACAUGGUUUGCUCUGUGGCCGGCAUUACAUCCGAUGCGAAUGUCUUGACUUCCGAGCUGCGUUUGAUUGCACAGCGCUAUCAGUUCAGCUAUGGCGAGCCUAUUCCUUGCGAGCAGCUUGUUUCACAUCUGUGCGACAUUAAGCAGGCUUAUACUCAGUAUGGUGGCAAGCGUCCCUUUGGCGUCUCGCUGCUUUACAUGGGUUGGGACAACAAAUAUGGCUACCAGCUGUAUCAGUCAGAUCCCAGCGGAAACUAUGGCGGCUGGAAGGCUACUUGCAUUGGAAAUAACUUUGGCGCUGCCAUUUCUAUGUUGAAGCAAGAGCUUGCUGACAAAGAGUCCAUUAAGUUGGCAGAGGCCCAGGAUUUGGCCAUUAAAGUGCUUAGCAAAACUUUGGAUACCACAAAACUAACGCCGGAGAAGGUGGAAAUGGCUACUUUGCAGCGUGUAAACAACAACACUGUCUACAGUGUGAUGCAGCGGCCCGAGGUGGAGAAAUUGAUUGCGAAAUAUAACAAACUGGAGGCGGAAGCUGAGGCCGCCAAGAAGGAGAAACAGGCACAGCAAUCAAAAUCUUAAGGCAUUCAAAUAAUACUCUUGGGUUUUUGCUGGAACUGGUCUAUACACACAUAACUUGUAAUUUUAAAUGCAUACAUAUUGAGUUAAUUUUUCAUAUGAGCGUGAAAUAAAAUUUCAAAAUUCUUAA